AUCGCGAACUCAGCCAGUUGUUUCCGAAUGUUUGCGCCGUGUACAUGUUAUAAAUCGUCUCCUCUCUUAUGAAAAGUGAAAAUCCGGUGAUUAUUUUUCGGGAUUAUCGUCGUUGUUACGCGAAUAAACCACAAAUUCUUACUUGGAGAAUCAAAACCACCAAAACGGGAAUAAACCCCGUUACAUAAAUCGACUUCAUUUCAAGACAACGCCCCGUAAAAAAAUCAAAAGUGUUCAUUGAAACGCAACAUUGAAAGAAGAUUAAAUACGGAAUAGAACGACAGUUAUAAAAUAUAGUUUCUUUUUCGAUUGGGAUUUUCGGACGGGGACAAUUUUUUUAGUUCUAUCCUUUUUUUUAAUGUUGGUUUAACGUUCUUUUCUCUCUCUUUCUCCUAUGAUUGUGGCCGAGGUUUGUGCGAGUGUGUGUGUACCUAUAGUUGGCUAAUGUAAAAACAUGGCCGCCUGAAACCACCACAGAUCGGAGGAAACCAACACUUUAUAUGUCUUUUGUUGGUCGAAAUUAGAAAUAAUCCGGACGAGAAUGGAGCUCCGGGUCGGAAACAAAUACAGACUCGGACGGAAAAUCGGUUCGGGUUCUUUUGGUGACAUCUAUUUAGGUACUAAUAUUUCAACGGGAGAAGAAGUUGCGAUUAAAUUAGAAUGCAUCAAAACUCGACACCCACAAUUACAUAUAGAAUCAAAAUUUUACAAAAUGAUGCAAGGCGGAGUUGGAAUACCGCAAAUAAAAUGGUGUGGAUCUGAAGGUGAUUACAAUGUGAUGGUGAUGGAGCUUUUAGGACCAUCUUUGGAAGAUUUAUUUAAUUUUUGUUCGCGCCGUUUCUCAUUAAAAACCGUACUAUUACUUGCCGAUCAAUUAAUAUCUCGCACCGAUUUCAUUCAUUCGAGGAAUUUUAUUCACCGCGACAUCAAACCGGAUAAUUUUUUAAUGGGUCUUGGUAAAAAAGGAAAUCUUGUUUACAUCAUCGACUUUGGUUUGGCCAAAAAGUAUCGCGACGGACGUAGUCAUGUUCAUAUACCUUAUAGAGAAAACAAAAAUUUAACCGGUACUGCACGUUAUGCAAGUAUAAACACCCACUUAGGUAUUGAGCAAUCAAGAAGAGAUGAUUUGGAAUCGCUCGGAUAUGUUCUGAUGUAUUUUAAUAGAGGUUCCUUACCUUGGCAGGGUUUAAAAGCAGCCACAAAAAGACAAAAAUACGAAAGAAUUUCGGAAAAGAAGAUGUCAACACCAAUAGAAGACCUCUGUAAAGGUUACCCUGUAGAAUUUCCUACAUACCUCAAUUAUUGUAGGCAAUUGAGGUUUGAAGAACGCCCUGAUUACAGUUAUUUGAGACAAUUAUUUAGGACACUGUUUCAUCGGCAAAGUUUUACUUAUGACUAUGUAUUUGAUUGGAAUAUGCUCAAAUUUGGUGGUCCAAGAGGUGCUCACGGUGAAGAAAGUGGAAGAUCCGGAACGAGAUACGGCUCUCACGCGGCCACACCCGGCGAUUCAACUCCUUCAGCUCCUCAAACGCGAGCGAGACGGCCCCACGAACGCAUGGAUAUCGUCCCAAACAACGCGGCCGCACCUUUAGAUGAUGUUAUAACCAGUAAUUCACCGAGAUUAUACGAAAGCGAGCGAAGAGUAUCGAUGAGAUUACGAGCGGGACAAGGUGCUCCAAACGCUUCUACCUCCGAUUUAAGUAAUUCAAAGCAGGCAAAGAAGCGCCAGCGGCGUGGGGAUGGCACCACCAAGUCAAGCGGUGGCGGCGGCCGCGGGGGCUGUGCAACAAGCGCCCCCGAGGCGGGGCAGCGCGUCCAAAGACUCGCAAGCCGGCCGGAUCAAAAAAUGAAACGCUAAAAACAACAACAACCCCUUUAUUUAACACAAAAUCAAUUUCUGGACGUCGAGUAUUCUCACAAUAAAGUUAUCGUAAUUAUUUGAGUUUUUUAAAAAACAUUCCCGGUGAGUGAAUAUGAAAUGAAAUAAAAAUAAAGACGUUUUUGAGUGCGGAGAGUGAUUUCAAAUAAAUUUACAUUUCUCGUUUAUGUUUUUGUUUAUUAAAUUUGUUGUGGUGUUAAGGCA